AUGACUGUGACAGCCACAGACAGACAAGUACCCCCAAACAGAGGCUCUGUCUACCUGCUGGUCAAUGUAUUGCGAGACAGUACUGGACCCACUGUGUUUGAGCUGAGGCUCUUCUCGGAGACCAUCAGUGAGAGUAAACCUGUCAAUGAGACUGUGUCUAUCGCUGUGGCAAGACCUGGGGUGAACAUCCGUUACAGUUUGGAUGGCACACCUCUGGCAGAGAGGUUCUUCUACAUUGAUCCUAUCACAGGUGUGAUUCGUGUCCGUGCUGACCUGCGCUUGGAUACCUUCAACACCACCACAUAUAAUCUGAAUGUUGUGGCCACACGAAGGGACCCACAAGACACCAAUCCCCUGGUGGUUAGAGGUAGAUUACCCAUCAAUGUCCGGCGUAAGGAGGGAUACCCUCAGUUCUUGGACAGAAAGUAUGAGCGUUUCAUUAACGACACUCAUGAUGUGGGAACACCCGUUCUGACAGUGUCAGCAGUGGACACAGAUGGGGAUGCUGUGGAAUACUCCAUUGCCUCCCAGACAGCACCAAUCCUGGACUUCUUCUUCAUGAAUACCUACACUGGGGAGCUAAUUCUGAAGAGACCCCUGGUGGGAACUCCAUACAGCAGGUUUGAGUUUACUGUUCAAGCCAGUAAGGCUGGCCGACCCGACCGAUUCAGUAGAGUGCAGGUCAUAAUCAACAUCCGUCGUGACUCAAGCCGUCCAAUAUUCCAACAAGGGACUUACGCUGUAAACAUCACAGCUUACUGGCAGAUUGGUCAGCAACUCAUUACCGUCGUGGCCACUGAUCCGGAUAGACGGGGGGAUAUUGUGUAUGAACUGGUAGGGGAUGGCCUCAGCCCAGCAUUCUUUGCUGUGAACAGGACUACUGGGGAGAUCACACUUGUGGGAGGCCCUAACUUCAUCAGGGAUACCACCACACAGUACUUCUUGAGGAUCAUAGCAUAUGACACCGUGUACCCUCAAAACCAGGCCAGUCAGUAUGUGGUGGUGAAUGUGUUACGGAACCAAUAUGGGCCAGUGUUUAAUCAGACAGCUUACACAGCGCAGCUACCAAUCAACAGUCAGCUGGGUUCUCCUAUUGUUCAGCUGUCGGCCUCGGACCUGGACAUUAACGAUACCCUGACAUAUGAGAUAGUUGGCAGGCCUGAAGCUUUUCGGCUGUUCUAUGUGAACCCCGACACUGGACUGCUUAGUCUCAAGUCUGCACUGCCCAGGGCUCAAACACCAUACCAAAUCAUUCUUGUUGUCCAAGUACGAGAUAAUGGCAAUCCAGCUCGUUAUAGCCAGGCCACUGUGACCAUCACGGUGGUUGAUAACCAGCAGAUAGUGUUUGUGGGUCAGCCCUAUAGUGCGAACAUCAGGAGAACUGACCCUGUGGGUCAGGUUGUCCUCAGAGUUGUUGGCCGGUCCAACUCACAAGUGGGUCAGAUCCGCUUUGAACUGGUAGGGGAGUACCCCACUCCUAACUUCUUCAGCAUCAACUCAACAACUGGUGAGAUAAGCAUCAGCCGUCCACUAGGACAGGAUGUCAUUCCUCAGGAGAGAACAGCUCGAUACCAGGCCACCAUAGCAGCCUAUCUGGACUCGUCACCUGAAGACAGGACCCAGGUAACGGCCCUUAUAGUCGUGGACCGUAACCCCAAUGCUCCUCGCUUCCUCCGUGGCACCUAUGACAGCAUAAUCAAGGACACUCUGGCACCAGGAGACACUAUCCUUCCCUUGUCAGCUGUUGAUGAUGAUAAUGAUACAGUGCGAUACAGACUAGAUGGUUCGGCUGAGAUCAGAGAACAGUUCUUUGUUGAUCCAGUCCUGGGAGGAGUUUACCUGAAGAAAGCUUUUGCUCUCACCCAAUCCAGGCUGUAUUCUUUUACUGUGACGGCUUAUGACGUGUUUGUACCCAGUCGAAGUGUACAAAUCAAUGUCGUGAUCACAGUGGAAGCUACCCAGACCACUAUUACCACACCCUCUGUCACCCCCUCCCCUCAGCCUGAUAGGAUCUUCGCUCUCAAUGUCACUGACAUCACUCCCAUCAACUGGAUCAUUGCCAACAUCAAUGUCUCCAACACCAUCUGGAGAGGGCCCACAAGAUACAAUGCCACGGGAACAUUUGCCGCGCAGCGUUUCUUCACAAUCAAUAACCAAAAUGGAAGUAUGACUGUGAUCCGAAAUCUGAGGGAGACAGAUCAGGAUGUGUAUACAUUCAAUAUUUUGGCCUAUGAUGAUUUCAACCAUUCCCUGACCCUUACCCUAGAAGGAACCAUCCAAAUCAUACGAAACCCAAAUCCGCCGGAGUUUAUAAGAAAGCGAUACACCACAACAAUCCGGGAUACACAUCGUCUCUCUGACAUGGUCCUUAAUAUCACAGCCUUUGACAGAGAUCAGGACCGGUUGACAUAUGAGCUGUCUGCAGUGAAGAGUGUGCCACCAGCCCUGAAUUACUUUGACAUUGACUCGCAGAGUGGAAUCCUUUUCCUUCGUCAGAGAUUAAGUCUUGACCCAGCCAGAAACAGACGUUAUUUGAUGACGGUAAUGGUGCGAGACAAUCACUACCCUGAGAGAACUGCUGAGGCUACAAUUGAGGUGACUGUUCGGCGUGACGAGAACAACCCUCGUUUUGACAGACCAACCUACACUGCUAAUGUGUCUUCCUCUGCUGUCAACAGAACUGUGGUUAUUACUGUCAGGGCAACAGACGGUGACACCUGGGCUGGCCCCAUGGUCUAUGAACUUGUGGGUAACGCACUAGCACGGUACUACUUUGGCAUUGAUUCCACACGAGGCAUUGUGUAUGUGCGUAAUGACCUGAGCACUGACUCCAGCACUACUUACACUUUGGUUGUGAGAGCCUAUCAGCAGCAGUACCCUGAUAAUGAUGCUACGGCCACCAUACUGGUCAGAGUGGAUCGCAAUCAGUACACUCCCAUAUUUGAAGGUGUGCCAUACCAGAGAGAGAUCUCUGUUGACACUCGCCCGGGAACUAAUGUCUUCACUGUGUCAGCCUCAGACAGGGAUGGGGACAGAAUAAUCUAUGGAUUAAUACCCUCGGGUGAUCAGAGGUUCUUCAUCAACACUCUGACUGGUCAAAUCUUCACUGUGGGAACCCUGAAUCAGAACGUAACCAGUUACCAGCUGAAUGUAACAGCUACAGAUCAGGGGAAUCCCCCGAAUGUUGCCUGGACAGUUGUGACCUUGACUCUUGGUAAGAGUAGUUUCCUACCCCAGUGGGUGAACGUACCUGGCUCUGUGAACAUCAGUGAAUCACAACGUCCCAAUACAGUUGUCUACACCUUAUCAGCCACAGACAGGGACCUGCAGGGUCAGAUGCGAUACGGAAUGCGUGGAGAUUCUAACACAAUCUCUUACUUCAGCAUCAACCCUGGCAAUGGUCAGAUUAGAUUGGUUGUUCCCCUUACGUCUGAUUCUACAGAUACACCUUACUAUAAUGCGGUUGUCUUUGCGUAUGACAGCAGUCGUCCUGACCAGCAGAUUGAGGGUAUUGUUCGCAUCAUGGUAGACCGCAACCCUGAUCCUCCAAGUUUCGGGGUGUUUGACAGAAAUAUCACCAUCCGCAGGUCAACCACUCCGUUGACAGUUAUCACUACAGUUGUGGCUUCAGAUCCACAGGGAACAGAUGUGUUUUACUCCAUCUUGACACCGUCACCAUAUCUCUUUAUCAACCCAAGGUCAGGGGAGAUAAUUCUGCAACAAGCUUUGACAGAUGAAUCUAUCACCAGGUUUAAUUUGAACGUGCAGGCGUGUGAUAAUGGUGUGCCAUUCCUCUGUGCUGUGGCUCAGGUCAUAAUCAACAUUGAUGAUGCUAAUAAGACCCCAUUCUUUGAAAUAUCGUCCUACACUCAUCGUAUUCCCGACACCCAGCCCCUGGGGCGCCUUGGGCUCCGUCUGUCUGCCGUGGACAGGGAUUUGCAGGGCACAAUGCGUUAUGAGGUUGUGUUACCUGACCCAGCUGCCCGCUUCUUCGGUAUUGACAAUAGUGGCCAGUUGUUAUUACAGCAGAGUGUGCUUAAUGAACAGCCCACCCAGUACCAAUUCCGAGUUGCUGCCUAUGAUUCUGCCUUUCCGACAAUGAAGGGGUAUGCUUCAGUGACAGUGUUUGUAGACCGUGGUUCCAAACCACCUACCUUCCCUACCGACCUCUAUGUCAUUUACAUCAAUGAGACGGCCUCUACUGGAGACCUAGUGGAGACAAUAACAGCUAAUGGAACAGGCAGUGAUACAUUCGUGUACAGCCUGGUAGGAAGUCAGGUAGAUGAGGACACGUUCUAUGUGAACCCCACCACAGGGGCCCUCUUCUUGAACCGUCCCCUGACAGACGUCCUGGUCAGAGAUAUCAACACCUUUGUGUUUGCUGUAAGGGUUACCGAAUCAGCCUCUGGUAAGUCUGGAGUUGCCACGGUAAUUGUGAAUGUGAUCAGAGACCGAAGUCCACCGGUGUUCCCAAGAGACCGCUAUGAUGUCACCAUCAAUGAAACCAAGCCAGUGAAUGAAGGUGUUGUAACUCUGGUGGCAACUGAUCCCGAUCUCAAGGGAAGAAUCAUAUAUGAGGCCACAAACGUGUACCCAGCUCCAGAGUUCUUUGGGGUGCGACCCAGUGGUCAGGUUUAUGUCAGGAGAAGCUUAACAGAGGACAGCCUGCAACUUAGGAUAUACGAGCUGGUUGUGGAAGCAUAUGAUUCCCGCUACCCUCUGAAUCGAACCCAGGCCACUGUCUUCAUCACUGUUAGGCGUGGCGCCCGUGGGGUGAGCUUCCAGCCCUCAGCCACGUAUGAAGCCCGUAUCAGCUCCUGUGAUCCCUCAACUGGCUCCAUCAUUCAGACUGUCAGAGCUACCGCAGAAGACGGAAGUAGUGCUGGAAUGCGUUACAGCUUUGUGAAUUCUUCUCUGGCAAUCAGACAAAUGUUUACCAUCAAUCCCACAACUGGUGUCAUCACAAACUUACGGCCUCUGAAUCAAGCAGCUGCUGACUUCUACACACUCAUUGUGCGUGCAACUGACCCCUUAGGAAGGACAGCCCUGGGUAUAGUGAACGUGAUCCUGAAUUGCCGGUCUGAACCACCCGUCUUCCCAGGAGGCAGUGUGACAAUCAUUGUCAACGUGACAGAUCCUGUGCGUACAAGGAUACACAACGUCACUGCUGUUGAUCCAGAUUCUCCACCAGGAGAGCUUCGUUAUGAGAUUGUAGGUGUAGACCCCUCACCUGAGUUCUUUGAAAUUGACUCCAGAACAGGUGUGAUUUACCUGAAGAAACAGCUAUCUACUGACCCUCGACAGCUCCAAGUCUAUGUGAUCCGUAUUGAAGCAUACAGUGUGUCCGAUCCUAAUACCCGAUCCUCAUAUGAUCUGAUUGUGAGGGUGGACCGUAACCCUAACUCACCUGAGCUGAGCGCUAACCAGUAUGAGGCCACAGUCCGGGAGAACUUCCCGCUGGGAGGAUCUGUCCUCGCCAUCAGUGCCUCAGACAGAGAUGGAGAUGUCAUUUGGUAUGAGAUCUACACAGCUAACAACAAUCCACAGGGUCUUGCAGCUAUACCGUUCUUCUACCUGAACCCAGGCACAGGAGUAAUCACUGUCCGCAGAGACCUCAGGGAGGCCCCUAAUAACCUGUACACAUUCACGGUGGUGGCACGUGACCAGGGACUUCCCCCCAACGAGGACACAGCUGUUGUGAGGAUUACCGUGGAACGAGCCAGCAGGGUGACCAUACUGAACCCCAGCACCCAGAUCAGUAUCAAUGAGACCGAGCCUGUCAACCAGCGCCCCAUCCACACUGUCAGGGCUACCAUUCAGGGAGUUUCCGGUAACCCAGUGUAUGAGGCCACAGGAGUGGGAGCUGCCCAGCUCUUCUUCAGGGUAGACAGAACUACAGGCCAGGUGUACGUGUUGAGAGACCUCAAGACGGACACACUCACCAGAUAUGAGAAGCUGCAGGUACAGCCACAGUGCUCAUUACAGUGGUGCGUAAUCCCAGCGAGCCGCAGUUCAAGGACAAUAUUCGGGGCCUAUGAAAGGACAAUUGAUGACACCUACCCACCUGGAAAUGUGGUUGUGCCUGUACGGGCAUCUGACCCAGAUGGGGACAUUGUCCAGUUCUCCCUGGAAGGCCCUGCUGUUGCUCUGGAGUACUUCUUCAUCGUGCCCCGGUCUGGUGACAUCAUCCUGCAGAAAUCCCUCAGAGGUACAAGUCUGCGCAGAAUUCAGAUGACAGCUGUAGCCUCUGACCUUCGACCUAACCCAAGGAGUGCCCGUGCUAGUGUCAUCAUCAACAUCCGCCCUGUGGGAGAUGGUCCAAGGUUCCAGAAUUUGCCUUAUGAAGUGUCUGUUAAUGAGGAGGAAACCAUAAACAAAGCUGUGUUCAAUGUCAGGGCUGUUGACAAUCUGCCAACUGGUCAGAUUGUGUAUGAAGUAGUGGAUGAUCUGCCUGUGUCUCGGUUGUUUGCUGUGAACAGAUCUUCAGGCAUAAUCACUGUCAUCAGUGAUCUCCGGGUGGAUGAUAGUCCAUCAUACAGAAUUUACGAUAAUCAUCGUCUGGGAACAGCAGUGACAUCUGUGUCAGCCACAGACCCAGAUGGGGUUCGUUACACCAUUACUGGAAAUGCCGAUGCUCAGUCCACUUUCACCAUCAAUAUCAUCACAGGGGAAAUCCUACUAGUGGCUCCACUGAACAGGGCUGCCUAUCAGAUCAGAGUAACAGCCAAUGACCUUGGCAGACCACAAAGGUCAAAUGUCACCACGGUAUUUGUAACAGUAUUGCCUGACCCUAUACCUGUGUUUUCACAACUGAGAUAUCGUCGUAACAUCUCAGACGACGUAAGUGUGGGAUAUGAGGUUGUCCGCGUAUCUGCAACAGAACCAAAUCUGCAGGAAACUGUAGUGUAUGAAGCUGCUGGGGUUUGGUGUUAG